CUGAACCCGCCACCAUGUACUCGGCGCUGCCACCGCCGCAGAGACGGGACUUCAUUUCAGUGACGCUGAGCCCCGGCGAGGCGGCGGGCGGCUACAACAACAGCAAGGCCUGGCGGCGGCGCUCCUGCUGGAGGGAAGAGACUCUUGGCUCUUUCUCAAAUUGACAUCUGGGCAGAUGCAUAGAUCAGCCAAAAAAGGUUGCUCUAAAAAUCAGCAUACUGUAGCUGAUGUUCUCUCCAGGAGACUUCGCAUGUUGCAAUUUCUUACUCUUGAUUGACUGGCAGUGAGUGGCCCCAAUAUUAUUUUUGAACAUCCUCUGCCAUGUUGACAUAUUACAUGCAUCCUCCACAUCUUCAAAGAAAAUAAGUGAUGGAUGUGCAAAGUAAGAAACAGGAUAAAACCUACGCUUGAGUUCUUUCAGAGCAAGGAAUACAAAAUAAUUAGAAAUGGAAGCAGCUGUCUCGACUACAGCGGAGUGUAAUUCUCUUCCUGUUUGCCUUCUUGGCAGUCUGUGGAGUCAUUUCAUAUACAAACAUGGGGGAACAGUGGAAAAGCCUAACAAACAAAUCCUCAGAAGAUCUGAAGCCAGAACCAGAAAUUCCUGGGUUGAAACCAGCAAAUCCUGCUGUUUUGCCAGCACCCCAGAAAGCAGAUGCCAACCUUGGAGACUACCAAGAGCUUUCCCCUCAGAAACAUCCAAAACCUCUUCAUGUCCGACGGGGUCCUCCUAAUCUGCAGAUCAGACCACCACGGAGAGAAGCAAGGCUGCAAACCCAAGAUGAUGCCGGCAGGGCUAAGGAAGAACCUCACCCUGCUGAUAAAGAAGAGAAAACGGAGAAGUCUGUUAUUAGCUGGAGAGGAGCAGUGAUAGAACCUGACCAAAGCACUGAACCUCCUUCCAGUAAAAUAAAGGAACCAGAAAAACCUUCAUCUUUAGAAGGGGAAGACCAGAAAGAGCCAGUGCCCAUAAAUGAACGUCAGAUGGCUGUGAUAGAAGCAUUCCGCCAUGCGUGGAAAGGAUACAAAGAGUUUGCUUGGGGACAUGAUGAGCUGAAGCCUUUGUCCAAAUCCUACAGUGAGUGGUUUGGGCUUGGACUUACGCUAAUUGAUGCCUUGGAUACCAUGUGGAUUUUAGGCUUAAAAGAAGAGUUUGAAGAAGCAAGGAAGUGGGUGGCAACGGAUUUAUUGUUUGAUAAGAACGUGGAUGUGAAUCUCUUUGAGAGCACAAUUCGUAUUCUGGGGGGCUUGCUGAGUACCUACCAUUUAUCUGGAGAUAGCCUCUUCCUGGAAAAAGCUAAAGAUAUUGGGAAUAGGCUUAUGCCGGCAUUCAACACACCAUCCAAGAUACCAUACUCGGAUGUCAACAUUGGCCGAGGCACUGCUCAUCCUCCUCGCUGGACAUCUGACAGCACUGUGGCUGAAGUGACCAGUAUUCAGUUGGAGUUCAGGGAGCUUUCUCGUCUCACAGGAGAUGAGAAAUUCAAGAAAGCAGUAGAUGAGGUGAUGAAACAUGUACACGCUCUCUCAGGGAAAAAUGAUGGGCUAGUGCCCAUGUUCAUAAACACAAACAGCGGACAGUUCACUCACCUGGGUGUCUACACUCUGGGAGCCAGAGCUGACAGCUACUACGAGUAUUUGCUUAAGCAGUGGAUUCAGGGCGGGAAACAAGAAAAUGAGCUGUUGGAAGAUUACAUGAGAGCCAUAGAAGGGGUAAAAAAGCAUCUGCUUCAGAGGUCGCAACCGAAGAAACUUACUUUUGUAGGAGAGUUUGCCCAUGGCCACUUCAGUGCCAAGAUGGAUCACCUGGUUUGCUUUUUGCCUGGUACCCUGGCUCUUGGAGCUCAUAAUGGAUUGACUGCUGAUCAUAUGGAGCUGGCCAAAGCCCUCAUAGAAACCUGUUACCAGAUGUAUGCUCAAGUAGAGACAGGCCUGAGCCCAGAGAUUGUACACUUCAAUCUACAUGCACAAAAGGGUCACAAAGAUGUGGAGAUAAAGCCUGCAGAUAGACACAACCUGCUGAGACCUGAAACUGUGGAAAGUCUUUUUUACCUAUACAGAUUCACAGGGGAUAAGAAAUACCAAGACUGGGGCUGGGAAAUCUUGCAAAACUUCAAUAAAUACACACGGGUGCCUACAGGUGGUUAUACAUCCAUUAACAACGUCCAGAAUCCUAGCAACCCAGAGCCGAGAGAUAAGAUGGAAAGCUUCUUUCUUGGGGAAACGCUCAAGUAUAUGUUCCUGCUGUUUUCAGAUGAUGUAGACCUAAUCAACCUCGACAAAUAUGUGUUUAACACAGAAGCUCAUCCCCUUCCUAUCUGGGCACCAGCAUAGAAGUGCUGUGUAUACCUUCCACAGUGGCACAUUACCUUUGAGUCACUUUACUUUUCAGGGUUUGAACUAAAAUAGCCAAGAAGGCUAUAUUUACACUUCUUGGUUUAAAAAAAAAAUUAAGAGCAUCUCUGAUUUAGAGAAGUCUUGUCAGUCUUAAAUCUAACCCCGUGCUUUGGCUCUGGGAUGGACAACCUGUGUGCACUCUGCUGCUUUACCUGGGUUUGAUUGCACAUAUCAUGGUUGGGAAACCAAUUGCAAUAUGGACCCUGAUGUAUGUUGGUCGCUAGGGAUCUAGGGACUUACUGGUGCCAUUCUUGGGAGAUGGUUAGAUUUCAGGAAAGCAGCAAAUUGUCUUACAACAUGGAAUUAUCUCUGGAGGGAAGGAAUAAAGGUAGAGAGAACUGGUUUAUUUUGGACGUAUUGAAAACCUUGGCUACGGCUUCAUUCCAUUGUACGAGCUUAUAAUAUCUCCAGAUGGUACAUGAAACAGAACUAUCACUGUACCAGCUCAAGAUGUGGAAAUCAGUAGUGUUGCUGAUGCUCUGAUUUCAUUCCAGACCAUUAUGCUAUGCUGCAUUAUGUCAAAAGAAGGAAGUUAUGUGACAAAAGCAAGUUUGUUACAAAUGCAUCUACAGUACAAUAUCUUAAUCUUAUAGAGCACUUUGAACAAUAUGCUAGAGCUGUGGUUAAAAUGAGUGGUGGAGAGUUACGUACAGAACUUGCUGCUGGUUUGGCUCAGUGAUAUAUAAUUUGGUAGAUGUACGGUAUAACAGUUGUUUUUGUUUGUUUGGUUUUUUAACUGGAUCUGCAGAAAUGCAGGAGGCAAUGUGAAAAACAAAUGAUACUAUACACACAUGCAUUAUAUAUAUAUUUGCAUCAGUUAGACUCAGGUAUUCUGACUGAAAGCUGCUUUGAGAGGUUGAGCUAUGGGAAAAGCUUGUGAGCACAUUUGUAUUCAAACUCAACCUCCUUUCUCAUAUCUCAUAUUGUAAAAUGUUAGAUCAAUCAGGCUUAUGUUGUACAGAAUAAUUCUUACUAUUUGUCUUACAAUGGAUUAAUAGGGAUAAAUUUGCAGUAAUUUUUUCCUUAGAAAUAUCCUGGUGAAAAUAUUUUCACUAGUAGAAUUAAACGUGGAUGGUCUAAGUGACACUUAAUGCUCUCUAUACACUUACCGAGACCUGUCUGGGCGCUCUGAGGGGGGAAAAUAGACCCCGUGUUUGUGUAUAAAAAGAUCUCAUGGGGUCCCAGGAGUCUUGCAUUUAUUUUUUGUGGAAAUUGGAUUUUAAAACAUGAAUUUUGAAAGUGACAUUCUAAAAUGCUUUUUCCUUUUCAUUCUGUGGGUAACUUUGGGCAGUCCACAUACACAAAUACAUUAUCAGAGCAAGCAUAUAUUCACUUCUUUUAGGGUAUAUUGUCUUAUUGUAAUAUCCAUUCCUUUCUCGCCAAGAGGGAACUAUAGAAAGUUCCACGUUUGUUUUGGAGGUUAAGCACAACAGCCUAUGUUCUUUGGGGGCUGAGAAAUAGUGGCAGCGUGAACGUGACUCAACAGUUCACUUUCAGUUAUACUUACAGGCUUAACAUUAACUGUAACCUUCUUUUUGGUAGAGUAAGUUAUGUCUUUCCAAGUUGUAUUACACUUAUCUGGUCUCUGUUUGCUGGAGUGUGACUGUUACCCUUCGGACCAUUGUUUUUACUCCUUUAGGCAGUAUUUAUCAUUCCUUGUCCCACUGAUGGCUCAUGGAAACAAUUCUCAAAUGUAUGUAUAUGUACCACUUCCUAAAAUGUCCUUUGAUCUCGGGAAUGGGGGGAUUUGCUGAUUAGACAGGCUAAUGCAGAAUUAUGUGAUCCACCAAUUCAGAGGGUUUUAGUAAUAUUGGGUUUGCUGAGGGUUUUUUUUUCCACUUAAGUGCACAUUGGAAUUUAGAAGCCAUAGACAAAGGCUGAACAGUUGUUUUGUUGCUGGUCUUUUGUUGUUUGACACAAUGGAGAAAGAAAGCAAAUGCUACUGGAACGUGGGAAGUGACACUGAUAUUUAUGUGAACUUGUGCAUCCUUAUCCAAAGGGACUUUUAAAAUUAGGCUUUUUUUUUUUAAUGAAACAUGUUCAGUGGCAACUCCAGUGUCCUGAAUAUUAACUCAGUUGUGAACUAAUGUUUGUUACCUCAGACUCGCGUUUUGACUGAAAGUUGAAGGGUGAAAGAUGAAGAAUACUGGUCCUUUGUUUUUCUUUCUUGAUUUGUUACCUUGUCCUGGAGCUGAUAUUGAGGCCCUAACUUCUUAGGUUAAGGUGAAGGUGGCGAGGCUCAAAAGUUAAAGGGUAAAAUACUCCAUACAGGUGAAAGCUUCUGCAAUGUCCUGUUUCGCUUAAGCUGUGUGUUAAGGUCUUAAAGGCAGCAGACUGUGAAAAUAGCACUGUGGGUUUCCAUGUCUGUUCUGCUGUUAUUUCUGCCACAUCUUGUGCUCAGCUUCCACACACACAGGUCUGGGAGGAGUUUCUCUGUGUAUAAACAAAGAGGAGGGAAGAGUGCAUCUUAACUUCACGUAUCGCCCUAGAAUCCUGAUCUAUUCCCUCUGGCUUUCUGCUGUCUUGGAAACUAAUUUAUUGUUGCUGAGGGUCUCUUCAUUGUCAGCUCUCACCUUUCGUUAACACAGCGUUUCGCAUUGAUCACCUUUGUGUGCAGUAUUGGAGAGGAGAGAAAUAAAUUGCUUGUUUCAAACUAACGUGCGUUGCACCUGGAAACCCUUGGGGCCGUCUGGUUCUUCUCUUUCCGACUGCUGAGGGUGAAGCUUUAACUGCUGGUGCCAUGAAGUGCUCCUCUACUUCUUCAAAGGUUCUCUGUCUUGACCACUGUGUUCCCUUUCAUUAUACCAUAUUUCUUGGUGUUUCUCCAGACAUGAGAGGACCAGUGAUGACUUGCCAUUGAGAAGUUUCUUAAACCAUGAUCCUCCCAACCCAAAGCCUUAAGUGUAUUGGACACAAUUCAGCUCCUUGGCAUCUCCAUUUAUUGAGAUGCCUUUGGAUAACUAGGUAAGGGGAUGGUGUAGAAAGGCUAUUGCUUAAUCCAGUGCUGUUCAGCCUCCUUACACAGAGAGCUGACUUUCUUAUUUUCAAAGAGCUUAUGUGUUUUGCAUAUUGGAAAAACGUAAAUGCAAACAGCACUGCUGUCCAGUCAGUGUCUGCGUUCCCUGAGCAAUGGAAAUUGCUUUUUGGUCUGUUUACUGCCAUAAGUACUGCUCAUCUCAGGGGAAGGUUAGUAGUGAGCCACACUUAUUUACCUCUGAGUUUAAACCAGGUUAAUGGAAAAAAUACAUCUAUUAGUGCGAGGGAGAUGUGGAAGAUGAUUAGGGAGGGGGCAAGAGUGAAAAUUCAGUUAUCUUUUGAGAAGACCAGCCCCAUUGUCACCCUUGGCACAGGGCUUUCUACCAGGGUGCUGCCUGUGGAGUCUUCUUAAUGGGGCUCCCCCAUAUUUUAUGUGGACCUCUGAUAGCUGGAGCCAAGUUUGAUGUCAAAUUCCCCUUGCCCUCUCCAGCAACUGAGGGACUGAACACUGCCUCCUAAAAGGCUGUGAGGACAGGGCAACUUUCUGCUCUCCCGAGGCUUCCCUCAGCUUUCUUUUUGCCCCUCUUGCCCUGAAAAAACUUGAAUUUUUCAUUUACAGAAGUCAAAAUUGUGUUGCACGUAGAUUUUUAAAUCCUAUUCUGUAAACAGACACACCUUUUCUUGCUGUAUGGUGAUAAACUGAAAUGUCUGCUCUUAAAGCCACUGCUCUAGGUCUUAAUCCAGUGCACUGGGGCUGAAUUAAAGGGAGGAGUGCUCUGGCCAUCCCUCUCCAGCUGCUCAAUUCAUGUCUUCAUCCAUGCCAGUGUUCUUGGCUCUUUCCAUAUUUCUCCAAACCACAUCGCCGUGGAGCUGUGUCCAAGGGAUGCAGUUACUGUGAUUACCCAGCUCCUUUUUCCUCCCAGGAUGCAUCUGCUGACUGGGAUCUUCUACUUUGCUCUCUUGCACACUUUUACUAUCUUUCACACUGCUGCAAGAGAGUAAGAAAACCCUUCUCCUUCUCCCCUCCCCACUGCCUGAAGCAGAAGCUAGAAAAUGUUACCAAUGUCUGUGUUCAUUUUUUAGGGCAGAGAGCAAGCCUAAGGCCAUCAUCUGCCUAAGGGUUUGAUCUUAAAAAGUUAAGAGGCACUUAUUAUUUUGGGGGCAAGUGCAACAAAGCAGCUAAGUGCCAUGGUCAAAUAGCUGGCCUCGUUUUGUGGCAUUUCAGGGGCUCAAAAUACUAGAAAGUAAGUAAGAAAAAGGAGGAUAAAUUGCCAUGAGGCAUGUACUUUUUAUUUAGCCUGGAAAUUAGAAGGAGUUCCCCAAAUCAGGGGGUGGCUUUUUUUUUUUUAUCCCUUUCCUUUUCUUUCUAGGCU